AUGGUUUUAUCCAAGUCUGAGUUCCGUGAAUUGGUGCAAAACGCGACAUCUCCGCUUAUACCAUCCAGUCAUGAGGAUAUAUCUGCUUUUUGUGAAAUAAGCGAUGCAAUACGAGCGAAAUGUGUCGCACCUCAAUUUGCCAUACAAGAACUUAAACAACGACUAACUCACACGAAUCCAAAUGUCCAAAUAGUAGCGUUGAGUCUAACAGAUUACUGUAUAAAAAAUGGAGGUAUUCAUUUCAUUCGGGAAAUUGCCAAGCCUGAUUUUAUGGAAUCUAUAAUAUCGGUGUUAAAAGAACGUUCGAAUUUGGAAAUAUCUGUUAAAGCCAAAAUGUUGCAGUACUUACAGGAUUGGAGACACAUCGCUAAAUCAAAUAAGAAAGAGCUAGGCUUCAUCAUCGAAGCAGUCGAGGGCCUAGAAAGGGAUGGCUUUGAGCUCCCACCUCCAAAUCCCAUCACGGCUGAAUCGGGUAAAGCCUUCACAGAAGCCCCCGUCGCCCCAGAAUGGUCUGAUAAUAUGGUAUGUACCAAGUGCCGAUCUGAAUUUGGUACAUUCCUGAGGAAACAUCAUUGCCGCAAUUGCGGUCGUAUUUUCUGUUACAAGUGCUCUACAAAAACUAUGCCCCUUCCAUGGUACAGUGUAAAUGAUCCCGUGCGUGUGUGUGAUGGAUGCUUUCAGCGAAAAUGUCCUGUUCUCAAACCUUCUGAAAGUGACACAGACCAGGUCUCUCCCUCGAAGCCGUCGAGAGCUGAAGAUGAUGAGUUGGCCAAUGUUAUGGCGUUGUCACUGAAGGAGUACAAUGAGCGACAAUCUGCAUCUGUCACUGUGAAUAAUACUUCGACGCAAUCGAGAGCUCCUGAAACAACAGAUGCAGAAGAUGACCCAGAGCUCGCUGCUGCUAUUGCUGCGAGUCUCUAUGAAUUAGACAAGCGCAAGCCAAAAGAGAUAAUGCAACCCGAGGUGCCGGCCUCAAAAAAAAUCCCAAACACUCCAAAUGCACUUUGCGGCAAAUCACCUGCUGAGCGUGCCUUGGAGGUGGAUGUUAACGAUUUGGACAAUAUACUCACAUUUUACGACACUGUUGUACUGUCGAAUGCUUCAUGGAUUUCUAAAGUUCCCAGAAGUGGUAUACCUCAGCCUGUACAGAACAUACAAGAUAAAGCUGCAGCAUCCCGAUUCAAUGUGGCUAAGAAAUCAGACUAUGGACAUCGACGUCUUCGAGAAUUAACGAAUUUACACGAAAAGCUCUCAGAAGUUGUAAAAAUGUACGAUACACUGUUAGAUAAACAGUUUGAGGGAGGAGUCUCUUCUCAUAUUGCGACACGACAACCAGAUCUGGCUCCCAUGCCUACCGUCCACGAUUUCCCCUCGGCGCCAUCCGACCCUUUCUCCGAACCAUUUUGUGCAUCUGCGCCGGUCAUUCCGGAGAGCAAAUAUAUUUCAAGUGACCCAAUUAUGACAUCUUUUGAGUUGCAGAAAAAGGACCCCGGAGUGACGAGCAACCCUGCGCAUGAUUUGACUCCGGCUCCAGAACCAUUGCUGAUCGAUUUGUAA